AUGGCCGUGGCACUUUCGAAUUUCUUGGGGGGAGGGCAGCUGCGUCCCGCUGCCCUCUUUUUUGAGCAGGGCGAGGACCCCUCGCCAUCCCUCCCUCCCUUCCUCUGCGACAACCAAUUUCUCUCCAUGCCAGGUUCCUCCCCAGCGCUGGGCAACAACCACGAUGGCAACGCAACGAGCAGUCGGUCUUGCUGCAAAAACGCGGCCCGUUCAGGCCUACAAAGAUGCGGCAUUGGAUGCCAGGCGCGAGAGAGCGAGGCUCUCAAAGCGCGAGUUCAAGCCGAUACCUGA